CGCAAACCGGUACAUUUUAUAUCACACUAAACCUGCUCGGAUAGCAUUUAUUUUCGAACUCGAGAGGAGGAAAAUUGAUUAAAAGUACUGGGGAAAAUAUUACACGCUGUACAGAAGUGGUGUGAAGUAGAUUUCGUGGGAACCAUCACCUUUACCAGCUACUCAGAGGGAGAGACAUUUACAGGUACAUAUGGGGCAAGGAGAGGCUUCUGCGAGAAGCACAGCUAUGGAGGGUGACUGCCUCAGCUGUGUCAAGUACCUCAUGUUCAUCUUUAACUUCUUCAUAUUUCUUGGUGGUGCUUUUUUGCUGGGAGUGGGCAUCUGGGUGCUGGUGGAUCCUACUGGCUUCAGAGAGAUCGUGGCAGCCAACCCACUUCUGUUCACAGGUGUAUAUGUGAUCCUGGCUAUGGGCGGAAUGCUCUUUCUGCUCGGUUUCCUGGGCUGCUGUGGAGCUAUACGUGAAAAUAAGUGUCUACUACUGUUUUUCUUCCUGCUUAUCCUUAUCAUAUUCCUGGCAGAGCUGGCUGCUGCCAUUUUGGCCUUCAUAUUCCGGGAGCAUCUCACCAGGGAUUACUUUACAAAGGAACUUAAGGCACAUUACCAAGGCAGCAACAACACUGACGUCUUCACUGCCACCUGGAAUACCAUCAUGACCACUUUUGAAUGCUGUGGGGUAAACAGUGCUGACGACUUUGAUCAUCAAAGCCUCUUUAGACAUUUGAACCCCAGCAGAGCCGUGCCCGAGGUCUGUUGCCAGAGGAACGACCAACUGAUGAACGUGGAAGAAUGUCUCAGGGGGAUCAUGCCCAAUCACACCAAGGGCUGUUAUUCAGCAGUGGUGGACUACUUUGAGACAUACAUAUAUAUCGCUGGAGCCCUAGCUAUUGUGGUCCUGACCAUAGAACUCUUCGCAAUGGUGUUUGCCAUGUGUCUGUUUCGAGGAAUCCAGUAAUCCAUUCAUUUUGUAAAGAAAGACAUUUCACAAAGCGAAUGGCUUAAAAGAAGAUACAACUGUAUAUACGUCAUCUCUCUGUCUUAUGGGGAAUUGUCCACUAUGAUUAAACUGUACAGCCUGAAACAAAAACCCAGAAAAAAAGCACUCCUGUUGCAGUCUGUCACCCUGAAAGGAGGAAGAUCUUGCACUGAUAUUUGAAUACAUAUUUAUAGAGGACAGUUAAUUUGUUUGUACAGAAAAAAAUACACGUUACCUCCCUUACAACCACAUUCGAGUCACACUUAAAUCUUUUCAGAGUGUUUGUUUAUUAGUCUGUGUGAGCACAUGUUUGUAAGGCCGACACGUUCUACAUUGUAAAGUUAUGUUUUUGUAAUUGUGUAUAUAUUUUAUGUGAUUUUAUGCAUUUGUGUUGUAUGCAUUUAUACUUACAUUCAUGAUAUCUGUAUGUGAUACUGAUUGGUAUUAAAAAGAAAAAUCAA